AUGUCUUUUAAAAGCAUAAUACCGGACAGUGAAGCGUUUGAUGAUUUUAGGAGUCAAUGUUUGUCGACUGAAAAUUGGCAGGAACGGUAUAACAAAGGAAGCAUGCAGGUGUGGAUGGAGGUUUCCAAGAAAAAAGGGGAAGGAGGGCCUAAAGUGCACAAGAUCAAGUGUAAAAACACAAUAAAAGAUGUCUCAGCGGAAACCAUGUAUGACGUCAUCCAUGACAGCAAGUACCGUAAGACAUGGGAUAAAGUCAUGCUUAAGAGUCAGGACAUCGCCAAAGUCUCUGCAUGCGCCGACAUCGGCUACUACGCGUGGAAUUGUCCGAAACCCAUCAAGAAUCGAGACGUGGUGACCCUGCGCACGUGGCGAGUAACAGACGACGAUUACUCGGUCAUCAACUUCUCCGUCAAACAUCCGGAAUAUCCUCCCAUAAAAGAAGCGGUGAGAGCCGUUUCCAUCCUGACCGGCUAUUAUAUCAAGCCUACUGGGCCCAACAGCUGCAUUUUCAUAUAUCUCUCGCAAGCUGACCCAAGAGGUUCUCUUCCAAAGUGGCUAGUAAAGAAAGUUUCUGAAGUAAUGGCGCCAUCGGUGCUGAAGGAUGUGCAUAAGGCAGGUCAACGGUAUCCCAGUUGGAAAGCUGAAAACUGCCCGGAGUACAAGCCCUGGCGGAACCCCACGCAGUGCACCUUGCCCAUGAUUGACCCGUCCAUACUGGCCAUCCAGCGGUGCGACUCACUGGAGAACGUAGAUGAGAGCGGCGCGCAGGAACAAAACGCAGAAAGUUAG